AUUGUGGACAUGUAAAAUUAUAGGAUAUAUGACGGUUCCAAUUAAAAGUGUCCAAUAAAGGGGUGUCCAACUUGAGGGGUUUUACUGUAUUUACCAGAACCGGUUGUAUAGAUAUAUGGACCGAAGGUAACUGUGUUCUGUUGCCCUGAUGAUAGAAGAAGCAAGCAUCUUUGAAAUGUUAGUAAGCUUCUACCAGAUUAUAUGGUGCAACAUUUCAUAAGGCACUCAUCUUCAUACUUUCUGUGAUGAGUAUCUGAAUUUUACCAUAUAUUGACUACUUAUCUUGCUACAGAAAUGCAAGUAAAAAGUAAUUGUUUGAAUAAUUAAACUCAUCUCAAAAUCACAUUAUGGAUCAAAGUUGGACUUUAUUUUGUUUUUCUAGUUCACCUUAAACUUUAUCAUAAGCAGCUUUCUCAGAGUCAAAUUUUCUUACUUGUAGAUUAUUUUAACAAAGACAGGAAUUGAUUUUGGAAUUCUGAGUUAAAAGUCUUUAAUGUAAUAUGGCAAAAAUAUGAAAUGAUACAUAUUUCAUACCAGUGUCAUUUUGUUUUCAAAAACUCAAGAAUUUCAUCAUGAAUUAAACUUGUUUUGGUAUGCGUUCAGAAUAUGGAUCAUGUUGUACAUAUCCACAGUUCAUAUAUAUUUGGGUGCAGUCAGAAAAGUAUCACCUGCCAUCAGAUUCUGCCUCUUUCCUUUAUCACCAUCAUCAUCCAUGCCCUGUUACAGUGUAUCUGUCCAUCAGACAGGGUUAAACUCUGUCUCUGUGGCUCAGUACAUAGUAUCUUCUGGAAAAUACAUAUGAAAUUAAUUAAUUGCUAUGAUACAAUUUCCGUCAAGAUCUGUUAUCAUAGUCAUUAUUAUUAUUAUUAUUGCUGCUCCAUAAUUGGCAACUUCGCUAUUGAAUCAGAAUAACAAUAAAGGAUUGAGUUGAAUUUAAUAGUAAUAAUUAUCAUCAUCAUAAUUUCAGUUUUAUAGAUCGCCUACUAAUCCUUUUUGUACUGCAAAGUUAAUUGUUUUUGCUAUGUGCAGUUCUGGCUAAAUGCAUAUUCAUCAGCUGCAAGUCUGUGCUUAUCUUGAUAAUGAGCUAGUUGAUCCCAUCUGUAAAUACUAUAAUUUAUUGCUUUUAUUAAAGUAUUUUUCAAUUAUAAUUUAAGUCCUGGUUUUAGGACAAAAUAUUUUGGCAUUUGUAGAAGAAAUUAACUUGUGUCAGAAUAAUAAUUUGUAAUUAUUUUAACCUGAAAGAUGAUUUUGAUGCCUUAGUUAUGUUUCUUUGAUUUAUAUAACCCAACAAGAAUGUGUAUAUUUAUGGCUUUACUUUGACCUUGCUUUGUCUCUUUGGAUAUUUUAUAUAAGCACAUAUGAAUGAAUAUUUUUAAUGCUCAGUAAGCUACUUUAGUAUCUGUCUUGUGUUUUCUUUUUGAAAUUAUGAGUAUGUAGUAUCAAUUAAUGAACAGCAUUGUUAACUCAAAAUUUCUAUGAAAUCUACUGAUCUUCCACCUUCAAAACAUGAGAUAUUCAUAUCAGAAUCCAACAGUUUUCAGACUGCUUAUUGAUUCUGUAAUAAGACACACAAUUCAUUAUCACAGUAAGCAGCCCAUAUUUGUUUGUCUGCUCCAUUACCAUUGAACAGCACAAAAAUUUAAUAGGUGAAGCAAAAUAUGUUGUUAGAAUUUGUAAAAAGUUUUCUUUGCAGGCUAUAUGGAAACUUUAUUAAAGACAGUGUAUGGCAUAGAGUAAGAUUCAUUAGUAAACUUUAAUUAAUAUCACUAAUGUGUCUAAAACAUAACUUAUUCACGUAAUAGACAUUGAUGAAGUUUUAAUGAGAUGAUAAAAAUGCCUGUGGCGUUUGUCAAUUAUAUUUAGAAAGAUUCCUGUCUGCUUCAGAAAUUUGUUGUUGAUGCCCAGACUGUAAUCAUUGGAAAUUUAUUUGCAAUAUGCUAUAUACACCACCAAUACCCAGGCAGUAUUUGCUACAGGUGUGUUGGCUAUAUCCUGGUAAAGAAUGCCCAUAAAAUUGAGGAAAGUUUCACAGGUAAACAAAGUCCCAUAUAUACAUUUUGCUUGUCAUCAAGCUUAGAAACAACUGACAGUGCAGCGUUAUAUCUUCCUUCAGCCCAGCGACCAUGUAGACAUAUAAACCUAUGAUGAUGAGGUUAGAAAUUUUGAAAUAGUUUUCCAUUUUACUAAGCUUAUGGUUCUAUUUUGUUUCUUGCUAUUAUUUUCUUCGGCACUAUUCAUUUAAUUUAUUUUUGUUACUGAAUAUGUAGCAGAAAAAUGCUGACUUCUUGUCACUGCCAAAAUAUUAUCUUUUUUCCCAGAACUUCUUUUCUUGUAGGAAAUCAGUGAAUAAUAUUCUUAAUUUGUGUCGUUAAACUUCAUGCGUAGCAUCACCAUACAGAUUUAAUUGGGAGACUCGUUUCUUUUUUAAUAUUGCAUUUUAACAAAAAUACUAAAUCAAAACUAGAAUUCUGUACAAGUUAAGGCUAUGUGAAAUUUAUACAAAAAUAGGUUUUUUGUAUUUACAGUAUACAGCCCUGAUGUUGAGAAUUUAUUGAAUUUGUCACUAGUUGUAUAGCUUUUAAAAUAGUUUAUAUGGAGAGUUAAAGGAUUGUAGCAACAGCAAUUACAAAUUGCGUGCUGUUACUAAAAACUGCUUUAGUCAGGUCUUGAUUUUGAAGUAAACGAAAAUUUUACUUGUGUUUAAAUUUUUUUUGGUACCUGUAAGGGCUUUUGUAGGAAGUGAACCAUGAAGGGUGGUCAGUACACCAGAGGAUGUGAAACGUAAUAUGUUUAUUUCUUUGAUAUUAUAUUUAACAUAUUUUUGCUUUAUUUAAUUUUAACUUAGUCAGUCUGUUUUAUGAUUGAACUUCAAGACUUUAAAAUUUUGUGGCAGUGAAUUCUACUCAGUAUAAUAUGUUAAUGUAAUUUUAACUGUUGGUGUGAAAACAAUGUAAGUUGUAAUGAUAAAUGUGAAAGUAACUGUUGUAUAUAUUUUUUCAGCUCAGUACAGUAUUUUGUGCAUUUGUUUUAAUCUGAAUUUAUUUUAGGUGUGUGGAUAUUAAGAGGUUUUACCAUUGAGAAAAAGUAAGUUUGUCUUCAAUUGAAAUGGAAGAAGGUUGUUUAUGCACUUUUAUAUUUUUGUACUUUUUCUGCACAUAUUGUAAUAUAUACACAUAUAUUAUUUAAAUCAAAGCAUAUGAAACAUGAGAUUUCCUUAAUAACUUUUAUUACUAUGUUUAGUUUCCAUAUUGGAAUUUUGCUGUGUCCUAUUGUAUAAUACGCUGUAUGAAAUGUGUUUAAAUUGUGAGUUAAUUAUUAUUUUACAAUGCAAGAAAUUUCCUUUAAUUUACUGUAACAGAAUCAUAUAGUUCCAUAAAUAUUACAUUUAUUUCAGAUUCUAAAUGGAUUCUAGUGUUUUGAAUUUGUUGUUUACGUUUCCCGCUAAAACAUGUAUGUAUCUCAUCUUUGAUAGUUAGAGGGUGGGAGAGAACAAUUCAGAAUGUGAAACUGAAAUACAAGUAUUACGCUAAAGCCGCUGUCUUUUGUGUAUGUCAGAACUCGUGAACAACGUUACGUACCCAGAGUAAUGCACAUUGUAAAAAUUAUGAUUGUGAUGCCAUGUAGUCAUUUAAGUUUGUUUGUGAAAAGUGGUACUUCCCCUCUUCAUAUAUGUAAAUAUGAAAACUUGUAACUUCCCUGAUGCAAACUUUGUUCAUACACGCACACGUAACAGGUAGACUGUAUAAACAGUAUGAAUGUAGGGUUUGAGGUUUUCACAGCUGUGAGUCUGAAGAUGGCUGACUUCUGGGUUGUUGCGCCAUGCAGUCUGGUAGAAGUUUACCGACAUUUUAGAGGUCUUUGCUGCCACCAUCAUCAGGGUGGUGCAACAACCCAGAAGACAGCCAUCUUCAGUAUGAAAAUAUGUACAAAAUAAAUCAUAUCUUCACCUAUAUUUGACUGACCUACAUUAACCUUGAAAACAUCAACCUGUUUCUGGGUUCUGCUGAUGUUUUAUAUUUUGAAGAUGUUUAAGUAAUAUUACUUUGUAACAUUACAGGUUUUUGUGGUGGUGAUGAUGUUGAUGAUGUUCUUUUGAGUUUGGUCACCAUGUGGAUUGGUUGGUUGAUGCCAGCAUUUCGGAGGAGUGUACUCUCUCCAUCUUCAGGGCAGAAGUCCUGAAGAUGGACACAGUACACUUUUACCAACCAGUCCAUAUGGCCCCGAAACCCAAAAGAAGGAUCAUCAUUGAUUCUUGUUUAAUUCUUUGCCUAAUGUUUAAGACAAAUGACCAACAAUGUAAUUAUGCACAGCUUCCUCUGCGCUUGCAUUUGGUAUAAUUUUAAAAUACAUUUUUGGCUGAAUCGUCUUCAUAUCCUAAAUAUCAGUAGCAUUUCUUCUCUUGUUGAGAUUGAAAUCAGUUCAGCCAUUUUUAGAUUUGGUAAGCUAUAAAGAUCUUCUGCAUCUCACUUUAGUGUGGGCCUUUUUGUAAAUAGUAGUUCCGUAUCUGAAUAGACACCCAAUGCUACAUAGUAGACAUAGUAAACGCAAUUUGGACCUAUAUACCGAAAAAUAAAUCAGAUAUUAACAGUAUUAUUAUUACAUUUAAAAUAUUAAUAGAUGUUUGAUGUUUUUUAUUUGGAGGGGGGUACAUGCAUAUUCUCGUAUGUGGUCCUUUAAAAAAUAGACACUUUUGUGUCUUAUUUAUUACAACUUGAAUUGUCCUUUUAGUCUUGAUUGCUCUCUAUUUCAGACAUUGUCAGUUAUGGUUCUCUCAUAAUGCCACUUUUACUGUCAACGAGUUUGUGAAUAUACUUGCCUUAACUCUCUGCCAAAAUAAAAACUGAUGAGGAUAUACAAGUGCGUGUAGUUUGGUUAUCCGCCCUCGGUGGAUUAGUGGUUAUCAUGCUCGCCACAGAACCCAAGGUUCAUCGGUUCAAACCUGGCUGAGGUCGAUGGAUUUUGUAAUGGUGAUAAAAAUCAAUAGUAUGACUUCCUUCAGAUGGGAAGUAAAGCUGGCGGUCCCAUGUCAUAGAUUUAUGGCAUGUAAAAGAACCUUACAAGCAUGUGCAAGAAGUUUCGUUAGCAAAAUUCAGUGGCCAUUUCUCACCAAUGUGUCUCCUGAUUCUCUACUACAUGGCAGACAAAUAAGUAGAAAUUGUGCAGAGGCAGUGGGCUGGUCACUUACUGCUCGCUGAUGCACACUUCAAAGACUAGGAAACUUCCCACAUGGGAGGAGGCCAAAGCCAUUGGAUGGAUGUAGUUUGGUUGAUAUUUACUUGUGAUUGCUCUGAAAUGUUGUUCACUUUCUAUCAUACUAGGUGGCACAACAUCCCAGAAUACAGCCAUCCUCAUUCUUGUUGCUGUGAGAAUCUUAGAUCUCAUCAUUGAACACACUGUUUAUAUAUUGUUAGUAUAUAAAGUAACGUGAGUUCAUAUAUAAUGCAGGUGUUGACUCUCCUGGCUUUGAUGUAUAUAUUAUACUAUUUUCACAUGUAAGUGCUAUAAUCAUACCUUUAGAGUAUAACGGAAGUGGUAUUUGUCUUACUGAAGUAUAAAUCCUUCACUCUUAAAAAUAUGUUUAAUAUUUUAUAUUUAUUUUGUGCUUAACUUAUAUAUGAAUAAAGGAUUUAAAUCCCCAUAUUAUGGGCUGCCAGCCAGCUUAAUCAUGCGUACGGUUUAUCACAUAGACGAUAACUGUCAAUUUAGACAAUGGCAGUUACUUGGAAGGCAGUGUGUAAAUCAAAUUGCUGAUACAUGUAAAUGUGUAAAUAUGGAGGACAGCAGUCAGUUCAUUUAACACGUGUUUCAUUAUAUUAUCCAGGAAUCAAAGAAAUUCUUUUGCUUCUUCAAUGGACUUUUCUGGACUUGAAUUAAUUAUACUGUGUUCUGUGUUCUGUGGACUUCUCUUCCAAACUUUACGAAAUUUGAAUCCUUUUAUACGUAUCUGUCAACUAAUUAUAGUGUAGUAUGGAACUAUAUGGUUUUGAAUAUUGCGUAAUAAACUAAAGAGUUGGACAUGACUAUUAUAUAUAGCAGCUGUGGUGUGUUAUUUCUGGUUCAGUGUCGAAUGGCAAAAGCCUUGGAAUUUUGCUGAUAAUCUUGUAAACAUGGCAUCAAAACUGAUUGAAAAUGAAGCAUUUACUUGCAAAUGUUUUGGUUUUAAAUAUUACUCUCAUCAUUUUCCCACUAUAUGCCUUCAUAUGUGAACGUGAUAGUGUAAGAUGGGUAAUACAGACUUGGGUUAGCUUGUUGCCAAGACAAGAUUUCCCAGAUUUUGUUGGGUAUUAGAAUUGUGAUCUUUUUGGGUUACCAGCAUUUAAGAGGAAUGUAUCACCUCCAUCUUCAGGGUAGGAGUUCUACUCAGAAGACCACAAUCCUAAUCUUUACCGUUGCUAGAAAGUCAAGUCUGAAUUACAAUAGGGUACUGGUUCUAUGCAAUGAAUUUAACUGUGUAUAAUUGUUUUUACUGUGAAUAUAACAAGUUUCCAUUCUUGUUUUAGGUGCAAUUGGUGAAACCAGAACCAUUGUAUACAUCAGUAGGUUGUAGUUAAAAAUGGGUAAGCAAAACAGCAAAUUAAAACCAGAAGUUCUGGAAGAUCUGAGACAGAACACUGAAUUUUCAGAUGCUGAAAUUCAAGAAUGGUAUAAAGGAUUUCUAAAAGACUGCCCUAGUGGUCACUUGAGUGUAGAAGAAUUCAAGAAAAUAUAUGGCAAUUUCUUUCCAUAUGGUGAUGCUUCAAAAUUUGCAGAACACGUGUUCAGAACAUUUGAUGCAAAUGGUGAUGGCACAAUUGAUUUCCGAGAGUUCUUAUGCGCGCUCUCAGUUACGUCAAGGGGAAAAUUGGAGCAGAAGCUUAAAUGGGCCUUCAGCAUGUAUGACUUGGACGGUAAUGGUUUCAUCUCACGACAGGAGAUGCUGGAAAUUGUUUCAGCCAUCUACAAAAUGGUUGGGUCAGUAAUGAAAAUGCCUGAAGAUGAGUCAACACCUGAAAAACGAACAGACAAGAUAUUCCGUCAAAUGGACAAGAACAAUGAUGGGAAGUUGUCCUUGGAGGAGUUUAUUGAAGGAGCCAAGAGCGACCCGUCCAUUGUACGGCUGUUGCAGUGUGAUCCGCAAGCACAGUGAACUGACCAUGAAAGUGCUUGCAACUGAUGAUGUGCUGGCUAGCUCAGCCUUGUGGUCACUAGACCACUACAUUCUUUAUAGGGAAUCUUAGACCACCUGCACAUAGAAAGUGUAUUGAUGGAUCCAUUCUUAGGUUUGGAAACAACAACACACUUUGUUUUUGAAGGGUGUCAUAUGGUUUUGUAGGGGACCCUCCUUUGUGAAAUAAUUGAGGGUACUCUUAAAGGGAACCUGCAAUCUUUAUAUUUAAUUUAAUAAGAGGAACAGUAUUGGAGUGGCAGACCUGUAUGGGAGUGGCUUGACUUCCUCUCAUCUGAAUGUGUGUGUGUGUAUGCCUGUAUGUAUGUAUAAGGGUGAAUGUUAAUAAGAAUGUGAUCUUUUUCAACUCUUUUUAUUCUAUUUUGCCAAGGGUUUCAUCCCCACCACAAUUUUCAACACACAACAGCAUUUAAGUACUCUUCUUGCUCGAUAAAGCAAUAAACCUCAUUAGAGACUUGAAUUUUUUUCUCUAUUUUACCUUCGUAUCUUUUAGAAUGUAUGACAAUAUUGAACAAUCAGUCUGCCACAUGUUUUGCAUAAAUCUGGACUGUAAUUUUUAGGCAGGUCUUGAAAGAAGAGCCAUAUUUUUAUAGACACCACUCUGAACAAGACGGUAAUCUUUUAAAUGGUGUCUUUUCCCUCAUUAAGCCAGUGGAAACAUAUGAAGUUAACGGAUACAAAAUAUACAUUUAUUGACUGAGUAAUGCAUAGAUUAUAUUUGCUCAUACUGCAACAAUGAAUGUAUAUCAUAAAAUUAAGUAGUAAUUCCAAUUUGAAUGCUAAACAUACUUCUUAAUUAUAAAAUUGCGUUGCUGACCCAGAGUAAAGCGAGAUAGUAUCAUGAUGUACGGCUGACAGUUUCUAUGGAUAUAUCAUUACUAUACUUAAUGAUCACACAUUUCUGAAUUUGUUCCACUUAGGAAUAACUUGAAAACUAUUUAGGAGGUACUUUAUGCUUUAAAGUGCGUGUGGAUUAUAGAUUAUGCUAUCUUCCCUUCACCAAGUUGUGUGGACAUAUUGUUGAUAGCUGGUAUCAGUGAUGUCUGCACAGAGAUGUUGAUUGUUUUUAAUGUCCUAUAUAUAUUCCUUAACUCUCUUUCUCAGGAAUAAUUAAAGAGAGUAUUUAACAACAAAAAAUAUCUAAAUAUUUGUACUUGUUGGUUGAAAUUUUUUGGGGAAUUUAAUGACUAUGUUAUGUGGAGUAAUGUGGAUUUAUUUUUGGUGGAAUUGCUUAUAAUUCCAGUAUGACAUGCCAUCUUGCCCUUCUUGUUGAUGAUUUCUUACUGUGUCCCAUCCAUUUCACAUUCCCAGGAUGUGUGUUGGCCAGACUGAGGUACUUCAUAACUUCUUUUAGCAUUACUUUUAUUAAACGGUUUACAUUGCCUCUUUUGGCAGAGUACACUUACUCUAUGCAAAGAGUACAGUACACAUUGGUAUGAAUUCACAAAUAAAUUUUCUGGAAGCACAAAUAUUAUUUGGAAUAUCCUGGAGAAAUAUUAGCAAUAAAGACUUACUGGCAAUAGUAAUGUUUGUGUACAAUCAAAAUAACAUAAAAGUAUUUAUAUUUGACUUUUAUGCUCUGUGCGAUGCAGCUUACGUGCAUUCCAGCCGCCUCUGCGUCCCACUAGCAUGCCGCUAGCAAAAGUCCAGCUGGCAGCCCCAUAAUAUGGGGAUUUAAAUCCCCAAACGAUAAAGGUUAGCUGUACACACAUUCAGUUUUGUAGAGCCCAGUAUAUUGCGUUUAGCAAUACAGUUUGAUUCUCUCUAAAGUUUUAAUGUGAUGCAAAAUGUUUUUAGCCAGUUUGGUCGUAGUAUUGUUUAUUAAGGAAUCAACUGUAAUGCAUGGACAAUAUCCUCUUUGAAAGCUGUAAAGAGCCAUGGGGAUUUUUUUAACAAGAAUUAUUUGUUCUGUCUUCAGAAACUUUCUUCUGGCCGUUGUGAGUUUGUGUGUUUCUGUGUCCUUGAAUUAAGUAUAUUCCUGUGUGUUGUGUGUUCAUAUUUCAGGUAAUGCUGUUUUCUUGCGGCAUUAAAUUGAUUAUUCUGUGUUAAUAUUUACGGUUUCCAGUUUUUAUCCUUACCAUUUUCAGCUAGUAAUGGUGCAGCCAAUUUGAGGAGUAGUGGGUGGGAGUUGGUGAUGUUUUCUAUUCUGUAACAUGAACCUUGGCAGUUUGUUCAGACUAAACCAAUACAUAAAUGUGGUAACUCAUAUUUAAUAGUUAAUUAUAAUGUUUGGCAUUUUAUACAGUAUAUUAAUUAUGCAUAUAAUCAAUAAAAUAUAAACCGCAAUGAAGACAAUUUCAUAAAAGUGGUUAUGAAGUUAAAGUACAUGUCAGGUUUUCUUCUUCUGGGUUGUGACACAGUAAAGUCUUGUAGGUCGUUAACUAACAUUUUGGAGGAACAUGCCUUUUCCAUCAUCGGUGACUUCUGCCCUAAAGAUGGAAGUACAGUGUUUAUUCUAAAUGGCUCUAACCGGCUUACAGAGGUGGCGUCACAACCCUGAAUACCGAAAUCUGAACUCUCAUUGCAUGGAAACCUCAAAUAUGAAUGUAAGAUUUAAAGCAACAGAAUAUAAUGAAGUCUUCUAGGUGUUUAGACAUUUUAAGUAUGAAGUUACAAAUCUAUUGUUGUAAAGACUGUGUCUACAUUUUCAAUGAGGUUAGAUGUGAUAAAUAACAUGACUGUCCAUUGUAUUUGUACCAGUGUGAGUCAUGGCAGUCAUGCCACUCACCACAUCUAACCUCAUUUAAAAGGUAGAGACAGUCACCAGAACGCUGGAUGGUAGUAGCCGCAGUGUUUUCAUGGUUGUUCACCCAACAAGACUUUGUCGUGUUCAAAUAUCAGAUAUUUAAAAUACAUUGUGUAACAGUUUUGUACAGAAGAUUCAGUUUAAAGAAAAUCUGGUGUUUGUAAACAUGCACGUACAUGGAACAGUGUAACUUUAUAUUAUCAAGAAGCUAGUAAUUUGGUUUUUAGCCAGUUAAUUUCUUCAUUGAUGGUAUGUGAAUUAAAAGAGACUGUUCGGUUGCUCCUUUGAAAAUAAUUUGGUUUAAUUUGAGAAGGGCAGGAUCAUCUUUUACCAGCUUCAUCUAUGAGAAUCUGCACACAAUGUGACAGUGGUCUCUGUGUGACAUCACCAACUACGAAAAGUCGGUAUGGGCAAAAUAAGUGGGGAUUUAAUGCAUUAUGUAUAAUAAAAAUGUAUAGCAAAAUGGACAGAAAUGAUCUGCAAGGCCUAAUUUGACAAUGAAUGAUUAUAAUCUAGUCCAUAGACUAUAGUAUUUUUUUAAAAUCAAUUAUCUCUCUGCUGUUUCUUCAAUAUAACCAAGCAAGUCAUAAAAUUAUUCCAGUAACAUAAUAUGUUUUAAAGGUGAUUUCAAAAUUGGUUGCAUAAUAUGAGAAACUGUUGCAGUUUGGAACAAUUAAUAUAAAAUUCAAACAGUUUGAUUAAUAAGCAGUACACCAUGAAUGCCAGGUGAAUAAGUUGCAUAUUUGAUUUGUACUUCCAGUAACGGUGUUCACCACAAAUUGUGAAUAAUCUACAUACCAACAGAUUUACGUGUGAUAUUAUAUAUAGACAUUCCAAAUUCAGCUGUUGUUGAGGAUUGAAGGUAAUGUCACAGCCAAGGAUCACUGUGUUUUCUGUAAACACCAGGCUUUCUUAUUCACUUUUUAUAAGUUAGGGUGUGGUGUUUAUUGAUCACUGUUUGUGCAUACGAAAGCACAAAAUAAGAGCACAUUUAUACAUUUUACCUUGUAAGUGUGUCAUUGUACUUUACCGUGUCCUCCCUGAAUUUUCUCCUAAUAAUUAUUGUAAUCUUUUGACUUAGGUGUACAAUGUGAUAUGUCAUUCAUAUUUCCUUCAUCAUAUUUUUCACUUUGAAAACCUGAACUGUUAUUGUUUUGUGGAUUUCAUCUUAUAUUUUGUGUCUAAUAAUCCCAAAGCCUUGAAAUAUCAUUAUUUGUAAAAUUGCCUUCAUUGAAUUAAAGUGUUAAAGAGAAUGAUGCAUGUACUUCCAUAAUAAAAUCUUACUGUUAAUUUCAGGUAAUGUUAAUAAUAAUAAUAAUAAUAAUAAUAAUAAUAUUGUAAAACAGAGGCUGAAUGUUAUGAUCUUCAAUAAAUACAUACAGUUUGACAAGUUA